GGGGGUAUUCUAAUUGUGAGGGCUGUAUAGAGAAUAAUUGUUGUAAAUAAAUUUGACAAGUGAAUUUAGAAAAAGAGAUGGAUGGAUCAUCCAAAAUGAGAUGGGUCAUCCAAUUUAAGAUGUCUAACUUUUGAAUAAUUUUAUUCUUCAAAUGUCCACAAUUUUUAUUAACACCCCACUUAUAAAACCUAAAAAUAUUUUUAAAAUUUUUUUAAAGAAAUUUGAUUUACUUGUUCGUUAUGAUUGCUCUCCUAUAGCCUCAAAAGAGAACGAUGAUAACCAUUAUAGAUUACAUUAUAUCUUAAUAAAAAUAAUAACUGCUUGGAGGUAUGGAUUUACACCUACACAACAACAAAAACGUCCACAACUCGCCACUCCAAAUAAUUCACAACAAACAUUUCAACAGCCUAUAGUUAAUUGUUUGCCUGAAAUAUUUCAAAGUAUCGAUUCAUUAUCUAUAAUUGCUCAAUCACGAAUUUUGGAAUUAAUCGUCAACUCUGCCCGAGCAAAUUUUUUCUCGUCAAUGGAACCAUUCCGUAAUAAAAUAUCUUUAUUAAAUUCUAGUGAAUUUUUUACAAAUCAUGGAACUUUGUGGCAUUCACUUGAAGUUUUGGCACGUGCAAGAAAGGGGGAAAAUUGA